GUUGUCUCCGACAGCCCAUUACCCCGCGGCGAUAGCGGCACUGGACAGCUCGAGUGUGAUGGGGCAUCAAACCGACGGUGGACCAAACAACCAAAUACCCGGCGUAGUAAGACGCGUACCUUCGGCGAUGAACGUUCUUGGAGCCUCAAUGCAUCAGCGGGCGACCUGAUCUCUGCUAUUCCCACAUAGACACUGUAAUAUGUCUCUGCUCCCUCAGGCCGCAGGGUCGAUGAGGAUCAUCGCCGUGCCGCUCGCCCGCACGGUGCUGCCGACCGUCCCCGCUUUCUACAGCUUCAGAAUCAUCUCACCUCCACCCGUACCCAAGCCCGCCGCUGCCCACGGGUUCCUCGCGCGCCGGCUGCCUGAGGAAGGUCUCGGGAGGUGGGCUUCGCAUAAAGCGAACACUACAUGGAAGAGCUUCGGCAAGGCGCCGGAUGGGACGUGGAAGCUGCGCGCGUUCCGGCUGGGAGAGCGGCUGAUGGACCGACUGGAUUUCGAGGAAGUGACGCUCAAGACCAUCGACAUCUCGAUCGCACCCAAGAUCACGGGGAAGCCGAAAGAUGUGGAGGUCCCGUUGCUAUAUGCUCCCUCGGUGCACUCAGGCCCGGAAUCGCUCGAAAACCUCAAGUCAUUGGCUGAACAACGGAUCCCCAUACACCGACGAGGCGUCGCCACUUGGAUAUUUCUGGCCAUUCUCAGCGCGCCCCUCAAACUGAUUCCUAUCAUACCUAAUCUUCCGUUCUAUUUCUGCGCUUGGAGAUCCUGGUCACAUUUCAAAGCUAUGCGCGCCGCUCGGUACCUGCAGGAUCUUAUCAGAGUCAACGCAAUCGUCCCGAGACCAUACCCAGCGCUCGACGGUGUCUACGCCCCUGCGCUUUCCGGCCCAUCAGCAACCGUCUUCCCGACUGCAACACUCGGAAAGGCGAUGAAGGUGCUGUCCAUGGAGCCCGAGGAAGCGAAGGAGCUGCUGCGCGCUCAUGAUCAAGUUCUGUCGCGUUUAGGCACAGCGGAAAAGAAAUAGAAAUAGAAAUAGAAAUAGAAAUAUAACUCAAUGCACACGCUUCAGCCGA